AUGUAAUAGUGUUGCAAUGUUUCAACUUAAGACGAGAAUGAUAAUCUUUCACAAGGCUUGAGUUGUGAAAGUAUUUAAGACGAAUGUGAACGCCAAAUAAAAAAGUAAUAAAAGAACAAAAAUAAGACUUCCUUCAUAGUGAAAGUCAAAACUGAGAUUUGCAAAUAUUGGUCUAUAGAAGGCUAUUGCCCUUAUGGAAAACAAUGUGCAUUUGCUCAUGGAAAACAUGAAGUAAGGCAAAAAGUGCAUGUUCCUCAUAAUUACAAAACACAAAUUUGUAAAAAUUACACAAAAGAUGGGUAUUGUUGCUACGGAGAAAGGUGUUAAUUUAAGCAUCCAGAGAAAAAAGGAAACAAGCUUCCACCUCUUACUUACUAAAAUCUUCUCAACAACAUAGAGAAUCUCUUUUUAAAACAAAAUCUUAUUAAAAAUUCAAAAAGGAGUAAGGGUUUACCUUAUAAAUUGUGAUUAUAAUUUGUAUUUUAGAAAUGAUUAUUUAAUAUAAUA